AUGGUGCCAAACCCAAGCCAGGCACUUGCCGUCAUUCCGGGCAAUGCCCAGGGCCAGGUCAUCUUCUCAGAUGUUCCGCUAAGCUUCAUGAUGGGUGUCGACUCAAAGACCGGCAUCGUCGCAGAUGCACACCACCCCCUCCGCGGUACAUCUCUCAAAGACUCUGUCCUCGUCAUCCCUGCUGGCCGGGGAUCCUGCUCUGGGAGCAGCGCAAUCGCAGAGCUGAUACUCUGCGGCAAUGCGCCCGCAGCCCUUAUCUUCAGGGACGUGGAGAUGAUUCUCACCCUGGGAGUCUUAGUGGCCGAGAAGAUGUUCGACAAGAGCAUUCCGAUUGUCUUCCUUUCAGACGCAUCGCACUUCGAAGUCUUCCGUCAAGCUUCGACAGUGCAGAUAAACGGAAAGAGCUUGUUGGUUUCACCAGGAGGCCACAAGAUUGACUUGGUGCCACAAAGCACAAAGGCGUUAGAGUUGAAUCCAACGGACAAAGCCAUCUUGUCUGGCGAGAGCGGCGAAGCUUCUCGUAUCGCGAUGGAAAUCAUCGUAAAGUACGCCACGAUACAGGGUGCACAACGCCUGAUUGAUGUUUCUCAAGUCCAUGUGGACGCUUGUGCCUACGUUGGCGAAAGCAGUCUCCUCGUCCCUGAGCGCCUGCUUUCCCUCGUAGGGAAAUUUGUCGUACCAUCGACCUGCAACUCCCUAAAUGUCGACCGAAAGAGAUGGAAGGAAUUGGGAGCCAAACCCGAGAUCUCUCAGAUAUCUGACAAGAUAGGAGAGACGUAUCUCGAGCUGGGCGCCAAGAUGAGCUUCACCUGCGCUCCGUACUUGCUCGAGAGUAAGCCUAAAGCCGGAGAGCAAGUCGGGUGGUCUGAGUCCAAUGCCGUAGUAUUCGCGAACAGUGUGCUGGGAGCACACACACAGAAGUAUCCUGACUAUAUGGACGUUUUCAUUGCAUUGACCGGAAGGGCUCCUUAUGCCGGGUGUCAUGUGCCAGAGGGCAGGAAGCCAGAAGUCAUAAUCAAGGUCACCCAAGUUAGCGCAUUGGAUCCAUCGUUUUUCGCUCUUGUUGGCUACAGCAUUGGACAUGUGGUCGCCGCCAAGAUCCCUCUUGUCAUUGGCAUGGAGACGACACACCCGACCAUAUCGGAUUUGAAGGCAUUCGGAGCGGGGUUCGCGACGACUUCAUCUGCUCCCAUGUUUCACAUCAAUGGCAUUACGCCAGAGGCUGCAAGUUUCGGAGAUGCACUCGCCAGUCUAGAAACCAUUGAGGUGACAAUUUCUGAACUUCAGUUGGCUUGGAGACAGCUCAACACGGCUACGGACCCUUCUGUCGAUAUCGUCUCUCUAGGAAAUCCGCACUUUUCCCUAGAAGAAUUCUCACAACUUGCCGAGGUAUGUCGCGGCAGACACAAGGCACUUAAUGUCGAAGUCAUGAUUACCACUGGCCGUGAUACAUACAAAGAGGCCCUGGACCUCGGCUAUCUAGACAUUAUCGAGAGCUUCGGUGCCCGGCUGAUAACGGAUACGUGUUGGUGCAUGAUAGAAGAGCCGGUCGUUCCCCUGAAAGCAAGAAACGCUAUGACAAACUCAGCCAAGUAUGCUCACUACGGUCCGGGGAUUGUGGGCAAGAAUUUUCACUUUGGAGAUGUUGUCGCGUGUAUCGAGGCGGCAAGUAGAGGCCAUAGACAGGAAGAGGAGAUGAGCCCGCGGUGGCUUUUCCGGUGA